UUCAACUUCAAGGUGAACACGACUUUAGCAGACGCGUCUAAAUUAUUCAGCCAAUAGAAUUCUAUCGUGUCACAAUCCUGUAAACACGCGUGUGUAUUGAUUAAGCAACACUACAGUAGGCCAUACAUAGAGAAACGUUUACAACAUCCGAUGUCGGCAUAUUCACUUUUUAAGAUGGAUGACCAAAAGCCGGAGUUGGAUGAUUUUCCCGCCACAAGAGAUUUGGAAGCGUAUGCCGACCGGUUAUGGCAACAACGUGUAAAGACAGAACGGGAAUCUGAAGAGAGUGACGAGGAAACAGGAAGUUACUCCCCCACAAGAGAAAACUAUUACUAUGAUACUUUCUACGCUGGCGACGCAGACUCUUUCCGAGUACUCGAAUAUCCACCACUAAAGAGAACAAUAGAGGAUCCAUUAUCCCCUUCUAGUACGUCACCCAGUAUAGCAGUUCCCGCCAAAAGAACACGUGGGCGACCGUAUAAGGAAGCGUGUGUGAAGAUAACAUGUUUGAGCCGGAAAAAUCGACUGGGUAAACUUUAA